AUGGCUGGAUCUGGAAGUUCUGAAGUAAGAACCCCGAUCUUCUCCGGUGAGAACUACGAGUUCUGGAGGAUUAAGAUGACAACGAUUUUCAAAUCGCUUGGGCUAUGGAGUCUGGUAGAAAAAGGGAUUCCAGCUCCUGAUUCGAAGAAGAAGAACACGGCUGAAGAGGCAUCAGAAGAAGAACCUGAUGCAGAGAUGAUCGCUGUGCUCAUGAGGGACGCGAAGGCUCUGGGCAUCAUCCAAAACGCAGUUUCUGACCAGAUCUUCCCUCGGAUUGCCAACGCUGACUCAGCCAAGAUGGCGUGGAAUCUGCUUCAUGGUGAAUAUCACGGUGGUGAUCAAGUCAGGUCAGUGAAACUUCAGAAUCUCAGAAGAGAGUUUGAGUAUAUGAGAAUGCGUGAAGGUGAACAAUUAACUGCAUAUCUUACUCGGUUGAAUGAGUUGAUAAAUCAAAUAAAAACAUUUGGAGAAGUGUUAUCAAACGAGAGGCUGGUUCAAAAGGAGGUUAUUGCAAUAUUGAAGAGUCAAGAGCAGCGGUUUGAUAUGCAUAAUGUGGAUACAGUUGAGAAGGCUUUUGGUUCUUUCUCAGUUGAAACAAAAGGGCAGAAUAAGAAUGGUUCUCAAACUGGUUCUGCUAAAUCUCAGAAGAAUUGGAAGUCUAACAAUAAACCAUGGGAGUCUAGGCAGAAGCCACAACAAUCUGGUGCUGCACAGACCUCAAAUGGAUCACAAUAUGUGCAUCAAGAUGGAGUGAAGCCUCAAUGCAAAGUUUGCUCGAAAUUCCAUUUUGGGGAAUGUAGAUAUAAGGGCCAAUCUAAGUGUUAUAAGUGUGAUAGAUUUGGACAUUGGGCUAGAGAUUGUACUGCAAACAAAGGAGUGCAGAAAGCAAACAAUGCAAGUCAAGUAGAACCUGAGAAGUUUGAAGAAGCUGUGAAGGAUGAGUCAUGGAUGAAGGCAAUGAAAGAUGAGUUGAACAUGAUAGAAAAGAAUGAUACAUGGGAGCUUGUUGACAGGCCUAUGGAUAAACCAGUGUUUGGGAAAAAUAAGGCAAGGUUAGUAGCUAAAGGAUACUCUCAGAAACCAGGGGUGUACUACAAUGAAACGUUUGCACCUGUGGCUAGAUUAGACACAAUCCGAACUCUAAUUGCACUAGCUGCACAAAAGAGUUGGCAGCUGUACCAAUUAGAUGUUAAGUCAGCUUUUCUAAAUGGUGUCUUAGAGGAAGAAGUGUAUGUAGAUCAGCCGGAGGGAUUUUUGAUAAAGGGGAGUGAAAGCAAGGUUUACAAGCUGCACAAAGCUCUCUAUGGCUUGAAACAGGCUCCAAGAGCUUGGUAUAGUGAAAUUGAUGGUUAUUUUGCUGAGUGUGGUUUCACAAAGAGCCAAAGUGAAGCUACUCUUUAUGUCAAAACAAGAGGUGAAGCAAGCAUAUUGAUAGUAUCCAUUUAUGUAGAUGAUAUUGUCUACACUGGAAAUGAUCAAGAGAUGUUAGAAGACUUCAAGAAGGACAUGAAGGAGAAAUAUGAAAUGACUGAUCUGGGGCUCUUGCAUCACUUCUUGGGAAUGGGAGUCAUUCAAACACCAACAAGCAUAUUCAUUCAUCAGAAGAAAUAUGCAACAACUCUGUUAAACAGAUUUGGUUUGAGUGAGUGUAAACCGGUGUCUAUUCCACUAGUUACCUCAGAGAAACUAAGUAAGGAUGAUGGGAGUGGUUUGGCAAGUGAAGAGCAAUAUAGAAGGAUUGUUGGGAGUCUGCUGUAUCUCACAGCUACUAGACCCGACAUUAUGUUUGCAGCUAGUCUGCUUGCAAGGUUUAUGCAUUGUCCCACUAGCAAACACCUUGGAACAGCAAAACGUGUCCUUAGAUAUGUAAAAGGAACCUUGGAUUAUGGUCUGGAGUAUGUGAAAGGAAAAGGGGCAGUUCUAAUUGGCUAUUGUGACAGCGAUUGGAGUGGCUCAGUGGAUGAUAGCAAGAGCACAUCUGGAUACGCUUUUUCUUUUGGGAGUGGAGUGUUUGCUUGGGCCUCAGUCAAGCAAAAUUGUGUUGCACUCUCUAUUGCAGAAGCUGAAUACAUCAGUGCCUCUGAAGCAACAACACAAGCUAUUUGGUUGAGAUUUGUCCUAGAAGACUUUGGAGAACUUCAAACAGAAGCUACACCUCUCCACUGUGACAACAUUUCAGCUAUUUCCAUUACAAGGAAUCCUGUUUUCCAUCAGAAAACCAAGCAUAUUGAUCGGAGGUAUCAUUUUAUUAAAGAUGCUUUGCAAGAAGGAACUGUGGAUUUGAUCUAUUGCCCUACGAAUGAGCAGCUAGCAGAUAUCUUUACAAAGGCUUUGGCCAAGGAUCGGUUCAGCUAUCUUAGAGAGAAGCUUGGUGUGAAAUCAGCUCACAACUUAAAGGGGAGUGUUGAAAUGUAA